AUGGUACGAAUCGGCUUUCCGCGACGACCUGAUACUCAACAAUCCGCGCUGGAAGAUGCCCUAUGCCGAGCCAACAUCUUCAUCGCCCUGGAAGAAGAAAAGACUGCCAUGGCAAAACGCCACACCCCCACUAAAACGCAGGCACCCAAGGAGAAACCAAAGGAAGAGCACUACGAACCAAGGCAGCAUUACGACAGGAGCUACCGGAAAAACGAGGCCGAACGCAGGGCCACGAACUGCUACGUCCAAGCCAAGCCAGCUGGACCGAUCAUGGUCAGAACGCCCCCAGUGGAACAAAUACGUCCGCCCGGCCGACCCAAGAUCGGCCCAAGGAGAAGGAUCUUCGCAGUCCUACUGCGACUACCACAAGCGCCCUGGCCACGCUACAGCGCAAUGCCGACACUUGCAGGAGUACCUCCUCGGCAAAUUCACCAACGGGGAGAUAUCGGGAUCCGAUCCAGCCUCUUUUCAAAGGAACCCGAAUCGUCCGCCUCCGAACGUCCAAGGAGGAGCGUCGGAACCCCAGACCAGGAGAUUCCCGCCCGCAGGACCCAGUCGCGACAGAGAAAACGCCGAUCAACAGAAACAGAACCACGAGGAAACGAACGCCUGCCCGUCGCCACCAUCCCCGCGAGGCGAAGGAUCAAUAUGAUCAUGGGCGGUUUGCCGACCUGCAACGACUCGGUGCGCUCGAUAAAGGACUAUGGAAGGAAGACGUCCAUGGCUCAACAGUGGAAGCAGGACGUCGGUGCCGAACUCGACGAGGCAAGCAUCAUCUCCUUGAAGGACUCGGACGCCAACGGUCUCCACACCUCGCAUAACGAUCCUCUGGUAAUGGAACUCAUGAUCGGCGACUGCGAAGUCACCCGGGUAUUGAUCAACACCGGCAGCACCGUAGACCUCAUCUUCAAAGAAACACUGCAAAAAAUGGAACUCCAGGAUUGCCGAAUAAAACCCAAGAAAAAGCCUCUGACAGGAUUCUCCGGAGACACCACCAUGACGGUCGGCACCAUCAAACUCGACGGUACGAGUAGGACAGGUCACCAAGAUCGUCAAGUUCGUGGUGUCGACAAGCCGGCAAUCUACAACGCGAUCAUGGGAACCCCUGGAUCCACGCACUAA